UCUAUAGUCUAUACUAUAGCGUGCUUGUGCGUGUGUGGUAGCGUCUCCGCUUAUCGGUUCAAUACGUUAUUAUAGUUUAAUUCAUCUUUUACGUUUAGCGAACCUGAGUUUACUUAAACAACAAACGGAUACCUAGUAUCUCUGCUCUUAAAAAUCCUCAGUGAAGCGAGAAAUCGCCGAGAGGUUGAAGUUUUAUCAACACUCGGUACCUCAAAGCAUUAACAUGGGUGAUGAAGCAGCAGUAAACCCCAAGGCGUACCCCUUGGCGGAUGCGGCCCUCACGGCUAAAAUCUUAAACUUGGUGCAACAGGCUGCCAACUACAAGCAGCUGCGUAAAGGCGCCAACGAAGCUACCAAGACGUUGAACAGAGGACUUUCAGAGUUCAUUAUAAUGGCUGCUGAUGCUGAGCCGUUAGAAAUCGUACUACACAUUCCUAUCCUCUGUGAGGACAAAAAUGUACCUUAUGUAUUUGUUAGGUCUAAGCAGGCUUUGGGUAGAGCGUGCGGCGUUUCAAGACCCAUCAUCUCCUGUUCUAUUACCAUCAACGAGGGCUCCCAGUUGAAGCCUCAGAUUCAGGGCAUUCAACAAGAGAUAGAAAGACUCUUAGUUUAAUAUGUUAAGUGAAGUGUGAUAACAGUGCUAUUUUGCUAAUACAAGUUGUAUUUCAAAUACAUUCUAUUAAAUGUCUUUAUAACUAAUAA